AUGGCGCCUGGAAUCAGCUACUCCCCCGAAACGACAUCCCAACCCCCCGUGUCGUCCGACAAGCGCACAGUCUACUUUCUGGACAACCUUCACCCCGACGCUGUCGAACACGCAAGGACACUCUGGAACGUCGUAGCUCCAGGCGACAAGGAGUUGAACAACUGGAGAGAAUAUGCGUCGGCCGUAGUCAUCCGGGGGUCCUAUAUCACGGCAGACGACAUCGCCCGCUCCCCCAACCUCAUCGCGAUCGGCAAGCAUGGUGUCGGUAUUGACAAAAUUGAUCAGGCUGCCUGCGCAAAGCGGGGGGUCAAGAUCUUAAAUACGCCCGGUGCAAAUGCCAGAGACGUGGCUGAACUGGUGGUCGCACUCAGCAUGACCGUCGCCCGAACUAUUCGAUCCAUCACUACACGACAGAUGACAGCGCCGGUCCCCAAGGAAACAUGCACGGGGCUGACACUUCACAAGAAGACGGUCGGUGUUAUUGGGAUGGGCAACAUUGGACGCACUGUUGCAGAUAUCUUCCACCGAGGGUUCGAUGCAGAGUUGAUUGCCUACGAUGUUUAUAUGCCAGAAGGCGCAUGGCCUCAAUUACCGCAUCGCCGGGCGCAGAGUAUCCAGGAGGUUAUCGAACAGGCCGAUGUGAUCACUCUGCAUGUUCCAUUGACUGACGAGACCCGGGAUCUCCUCUCGUACACCGAACUGCGACAGAUGAAGCACGACGCCAUUCUUAUCAACGCUGCCCGGGGAGGCAUUGUCAACGAGGAAGACCUGACGCGCGUUCUGUCCGAGGGUCAUCUCUGGGGAGCUGGACUGGACUGUCACGAACAGGAGCCUCCUUCAGCCGAGAAAUAUGGAAAGCUGUGGGAGAAUCUCAACGUCGUCAGCACGCCGCAUAUCGGGGCUGCCACAAACACAGCGCAGAGGGCCAGUUCAAUGGCAGCGGUGGACAAUCUAUAUCGUUAUCUGUCUAGUAUUGAGAAGAAUUAA